AGGAAGCGUAACAAACUUUUGCUUGGAUAAAAAAAAAUAACAAAAUAUUUAACUAAUCCUUAAAAUGAAGCACGACGAGAUCGUAACUAUUGAUCAGCUGAACUAUCACUUGAUUAUUGCCAAAAAAAUACUCGAGUUACGUGAUCGUUGGAACGAUCAAUAUUCCUGGUAUUCUGUGGCCCAAAAUGAGAACUACAAGCGAUUUGGUGAGAUCUACAAAGAAAGUAUGGAUAAAUACGGUAAGGAGCAGUUCAAAAAGUAUGCGAAACUUCGCUCUCUGCGUUCCGUUCACACUGCAGCCAUCGAUGAUCCAAAGAGAGAGUCCUUCAAUAAGGUCUGGUCCAUGAGCCACAUGGACAACUACAAGCCAUCGCCCACUACAAAUGGCGACUAUGGGCUCGUGUUGCCAGGACAUCAUCAUUACUGUUAGAUCUUCGCUUUAGAUUAGUUUGGUUGCAAUGAAAGCAAUACUCAGUUAAACUUUUACUGACAAAUGAUUUUACAAUUAUUUGAGAAGUUGACCGACAGUGUGGGUUUAACUGAAUAUUAUUUUAAUCAUCACUAAAUUUAAUUUGUGUGAAAUUUGAGGAGAAAACAUGAUUUCGAACCCAAUGGAAAUUUUAAAAUCUUCAGUGUUGAUCAAUUUAGUGCGUAAAAUUUGAUGAUUCUUAUUGAGCAAUAUUUAUUUUGCAUUACAAGGCUGAAAAUAAAUAUAAAUUAUUUCAUUGGAAUUGCAAUGCAAAUAUA